AGUGAGAAGUUUAAUUAAUAUAUAAGCAUUCCACAGCAUUCAAUUCAGUGAUAUGUUUCUAUUUAGCUAGCAAAAUAAUUAUAUUGUAGCUUCGAAGAAAAUAAAUAGAAACGUAACGUGGUGCAGUCGAAACUCGAAGUUAGUUAGUCAGCUAGUGUCAACGUAUCGGGACAACAGUGUUGAGUGCGCCAUUGAGCUUGCGAUAAAAAAGAAACAAGAAAUGUGUUUAUCGUUUCUCGUUAAUUUGCCGAGGUUUUGGUCAGUGCUAUAAAUCGUAAUGUGGCAAACGUUGAACAUUUAGGAUAAAACAGUUAUGGCCGGUUGUUCAAAUCAGUGUAGCAAAACAAAGUUCAGUGGUUUCAGGAAAGGACCGAAAUUACGAUCAUGGAUUUGGUGUAUCGUCGUACAAUUUACGCUCACUUUGCCCUGUUUAUUUUCAACUCGUCUCGAACAGGAUCCCGUGGUGAUCGUUCCCGAUAGAGACAUUAAUUUGGUGUACGGAAAGCCACUCGAAAUAUUUUGCAUCGCAGAAGCCAACUAUACAUCGAGUGACCUAAAGUUUACGGUUGGCGAAGAGACUCUCGACUCGGAAGUGGUGAACAGCACGACUCGUCGCCUGUACAUCGAAAAUGUCGAGAGACAAGUGAGAACAUACUAUUGCAGGAACGUACGGAGUAACAAGCGUGACAUCCGACGUGUCGUGGUGGAUACUCCGCCAGAGAACGUGACAGAUUUUAAAUGUAUCUCCAAGAAUUUCGAAUCCUUGAGGUGCUCCUUUAGAACACCAGAUUUAAUAAGCAAUGUGCAAUACAAUUUGACAUUCUCUGUAAACGACAACGUAGUUAACCCGCCCUGCACUGCUAAACGGAUAGACGCAAACACCAGGUACUGCGAAUGGAACACGGUCAAUACACAGCCGAGAUACAGACAGAGCGAGGAACAGCUGUACUUCAACCUCCAUGCGAAGAGCGACCACUUUGGAUCUAAUAACCAAACUUUUAUUAUUGACCACUAUGAAAUUGUAAAACCAGAUCCACCACUAGGAUUGAAAAUAGUGAAAAAUGGCUCCCAUAGUGUCACACUGGAGUGGAAGUUGCCAAACAACAUAUUGGAUUUCUUGCCUUGUGGUGUCGAUCAUAUAAUUGAAUAUCAAAUUGCUAAAAUUGACAACAGAACCCAUUUCCACCGGGUGAAUGCAACACUUCCACCAAAAAAUCAAACAUACAGAUAUCAAUUAGCUAAUCUACCAUAUGCUCAUGUGCAGUAUGAGGUGAGAGUGUACAUUAAAUCCAAGAAAGCAUUUGCAACAGAAUUCUUGUCAAACUUUUCUUAUCUUGUAUUCUAUACCUUGAGUGAAAAACCCAGUAGACCCCCAGAGUUAGUUGCUGGAGCAUUUGACCAUAGUACUUACUUCGAUAGAAGAAUAUUAUGUGUUUAUUGGAAGCAGCUGGAAGAGUAUGAGGAGUCAGGAACUAACUUCACUUACAAAGUGGUCACUUCUCAAGGAAAUACUACGCACACCUUAUUCCCUGACAAAUCUAAAAGCCUCGGCUACAUCUUCUUGAACACAACUCUAGAUGCUAUUAAUGUUCACGUCUGGUCUUUUAACUCGAAAGGGUCUUCGGCUAACAACAGCUAUCUUUAUAUACCACCAGACAAACAAACUCGACUUUUUACACCUAAAUCUUUUACCAAGCUAGCAUAUGAAAAUGGUACAUAUGAGUUGUCCUGGAAACUAGAUGAAAAAAUUGAUAAUUACACACUAUUUUGGUGUAAACAUAAUGCAAGUAGGAGUUGCUCAGGAAGAAUGGACUUUACGGUUUUGAGCCCAGAAAAAAAGAAGCAUGUAAUAGACCUGCCAAACCAGUACAGAUAUCAGUUUGCAAUAGCAGCUAAUUACGGCACACAGUCCAGUGGGAUGGUUUGGGAGCUAUAUUGUGAUAUUUCUAAAGAUGGAUAUGUCAUGUACGGAUAUCCUGUUCGUCUCUCUAAUGGCACUCCAGGUAAAAGAUCUGUAACACUAAAUUGGGAAAUGAAUUGUGCAGUUGUAGAAGGUAUUAUUUUGGGCUACAACAUAAGCUACUGCCCAAUAGUAGAAACCAGUAGCAACUGCGAUCCAAAUUUUCCGAAAAAUCAUACAUAUGUGGGUAAUCCUAAGUAUUCAUCAACAACAAUCAGGGAUCUCCUACCAUACAAAACUUAUCAAUUUACUUUAGCACUGAAAACUAUAUAUGGCCUAAAAAACAUUGAAAAUGCAACAUGCCAAACUACUACAUCUGAAGAUGUACCUACAAAACCAAUUAAUGUUAAAAUAUCAGAUGUUAAAAAUGAUUCAUUAGUAAUCGCCUGGGAUCCACCACUACAGAGAAAUGGCAACAUUGGCAAGUAUGUCAUACUCAACUAUGAUACUGAGUUCUAUGUUGACAAUGUACCAGGAACUGAUAAAUCUAGUAGAAAAGUAAAACUGACCGGCCUACAAGGCUUCACUAAUUACUCCUUUGCAGUAAAAGCCUGUAAUAUACCCCUAAAUGUGUGCUCCGAAGUAAAACUGAAUGAUUAUAAAUUUGUUAGAACACGAAUAGGACCUCCCGGUAGACUAAAAGCACCCAAUGUAAAGAACAGUGGGGAGAUAACAUGGGAGAAGCCAGAACACCCUGGAGGAACAUUAGAUAGGUAUCAAAUUAGAAGAGUAAAAGAUGAGUAUGAGGCUGAGAUUUAUAAUUCUACUGAUUUGACAUACAACUUGCACCAAUGUGAGAGUGGUGUUUCCUCAGAAACAUAUGAAGUGAGGGCAAUAAACUUUGAUGAGGACUUAUACCAUGGUGUUAUAUUAAUUGAUGAUGUGGAUCCACCCAAAAGAACUAAUGAAACUGAAAUGAAUGAGUAUCCUGGGGAGUGGAGUGAGCCAAGCACUGUAGCAUGCAGAGGUAAUAGUGGCCUCGCUAUUAUCUCUAUAUUUGCUGGAAUCUUUGCUGCAGUAGGAGUGGCAUAUGGAUCCAUAAAAAUCUACAAAAGUUAUCGUAAAAUGGAAGAUAUCAAACCGGUGUUGCCUCAUGGGCUUGGCGAACCCGAAAAAGAUAUAUCGAAGUAUACUUUCGGCAACUGGAACCCUAAUAACAAGGAGGAGAAGCCCUCAUCCGAUGAAAUGCUGCUUCUUCCUAACAGCAAAUCAGUCACGACAUCUUCAGAUGUUAAGCAGAAAGACUCGAACGGCGACACAAGUGACCAAACAGACAGUACCGCUCUGUCAGAUUCUUCAAAAGGCACCAUUGAUAGGCAGGCCUCUACCUCAGAUGACGGAUCUGACUCAUCUCUUAACUUAGAAAUUGAACCAAUAAAGAUGAAAAAUGAUAAGGAGGAGGACGACGAGGCUUCGUCUGCUAUUGACACAGCAAGUUCCUGUGAAAAUUCACCAUAUCUUAGUAAUGAAACAUUCAAGAAAACCCCCACCAGUGGUUAUAUCCAACAACCUGUAGUGAAUGCAAAAACAGGUUAUGUACCUGCUCAGCUACCAGUGAAAAAUACGCCGCCUGUAGUUUCACCCCAGCCGGCGAGUUCUAGUUACGUUAUGGCUAGCCUUCCACCGACCUCAUUUUCGGGGGGUGCACCACCAAUUAUCCCCAAUCCCAAAUCGUCCGCAACCGGCUACGUGAUGAGAGAAGAACCACAAGCUAAUUUAAUGUUAGGAAAACAAACACAAAAAACUCUAGGAGCAGACACCUUGCCGAAUACACCCUCAUUGUCCCCUGCAGCAAAAAUGGGUGCUGACAGUAGUUAUAUGCAAUUGCAUUCAUUAGACUCCUUGCCUAGCUUUAAACCUAGCAUACGAAAUGCGGUGCCGAUGAAACCGGCCGCCAGCGGAUACGUGAGUCCCACAGAUCACGUCAUCAAUAAACAUCUCAACAACAUAUUGACCGCGGGUCAGCUCACGGAGGAGUCGGCGAUACUGGAUCCCUCGAUGUCGCCCGACGCAUACUGUAGAUUUUCAUGGAGCACUGAUCCGGCGAAUGACAAUUUACACUCUCUUCUCGCUGACUCACCCUCAAGAACCUCAAAGAAUUAACUAGUAGA